GAUAUUAAUCACGCGUGCACACGAUCAGACAGAGUGCGCGUGUCUGAGCAGCUCCCUCCAGUCUCGCGCACUUAUAAUGAAAACAGAGCUACAGUGAUGGAGUUCCGAGAGCUGGGAGCAGACGAGAGCUCGGAAGGAGAACCGGAGGAUUUGGACAGUGUGAAAGCUCUGACAGAGAAACUCAAACUCCAGACACGCAGACCAUCAUACCUGGAGUGGAAAGAGCGACUACAGACGCGUCCGUGGACCACGAAUCCUGCAAAUGUCAGCUCAGCAUCUGUGGAGAAAGACACGAAUCUACCCGACGUCUGGAAAGAUGGGAUGCCUUAUAAAAACAUAUGCGGCUUUGAUACGAUAGACGACGCUUUGGAAUGGCUCAGAAUCGAGCUGAGAGAGAUGCAGAUGCAGGAUAACCGCCUCGCACGUCAGUUGAUUCGCCUGCGGGGAGAGAUCCACAGGCUGAAGGUGGAGCAGGUGUGUCACCGUCACAAAGAGAUGCUCGAUGAUGCCACGUAUGAGCUGGAGGAGUGUGAAGAAGAAUCUGAUCUGCUGUGUGACAUCCCCAUGAAAGCCGCCUUCGCUCUGUCCACCCCUCUUAAACAUCUCGGCCUCACCAAGAUGAACCUCAACUCCAGACGAUUCUCCCUCUGUUAAGAUGAUGUGGAUGUUCCUGUAGCUUUGUUGUUUCAUGGGUUUGAUUCCCAGAGAACAAAUGUACUGAUAAAAUGUAUACAGUAGCUGGGAUGCACUGCAAGCUGCUUUGGAUAAAAGCAUCCGGUAAAUGGAUAAAUGUAAAUGAUCUUGACUCCGCACACAGUUUUGGUAGAUUUCUGGUUUUCUUCUCAUUAAAGUCUUGUAGUUUGCUUGGGGGAUCAUUUUUCUUUACUUAUCAAAGUGGACGCAACACAGGCCUGACAACAGCAUGUUAAUAAAAACAUGUUUGUGUACAUAUAAAAGUAUGUGAACCAUGUGAGAAUCAGGAGGAACCUGCUUCAAUGUCACAAGCCAUGUAAUUGGCACACAGUAGCAUCAGUGUCCCUGACUGCUCCGGGGAGGAAAAACUCCCAAAUGGCAGUCAUGCGGGAAGUGUAAGUUGUAUACAGGCAUUCUGUCUUAUCUCUUAAACCCAAAAAUAACCACACUGGAAGUGUUCAGAGAUGCAACAGACGGCUAAUCUCAACCUUUGUUCUGUUCACUGUUAUAUUCAGCUCACUGUUCGCAGGGGCGGUAGGUCGAAAAUAUCUUGCAGUUUUAGUUGUGAGGUCAGGGAACUUUGUACUGGGGAUUGGGAAACUUUCAUUGACACAGUGAGGUCGUGAGAUUAAAAUGAGCAGCUGGACAUUUAGGAUUGACUUUUGUGCAUGUAAUAAAGUUCAUGCAGCCCAUUCUUAUUAAAUGCGUAUAAAUAGAAAAAUCGUGCAACACAUACAGCAAAUUCCUAUUUUGCAUGCAUAUGAUAUGCCAGUCAUUCCUCGUUUACCUAAUACGCCACAUCUUUUUGUGUCGUUUUAUUUAUUAGCUUCUCAUUUGUUUCUGUUUUUAAACCAUUGUAGCUUGGGGUAAGAGCACUCAUCUAUAUAAAUGACUGGAUUGCGCAAGACGUCAGAAUUGUGACGCCACCGCGCCGCCAUGUUGGUAUGCCCAAACAUUCUAUUAAAUCAAUGGACGUUAUCAGAUUUUAAUGAUAAAACAUUACUUUACUAGUCUCCAUUUUUAUAUCUGAAGUCUCCCUGUACAUUAUUACAAUGCAAACGACCUAAGAAUGUACAUAGUUAUUAACUGAAUGUUUGACAUUUUGCUUUAAAAAAAGUAAAUUACUAUACAUUCAUCUUCAUUACAGUUUCAGAUCAGCAGACAGACCGUGGCAUAUUUAGUAUUAAUGACAAACGUGCUCAUUCUGAAAUCUAAAUAAAUAAUUAUGCUUUGUACCGUAUGUGCAUGCAAUUAUUUGCUGUUUUUUAAAAUUAUGUUACCUUUACAAGUUACGUAAACUUAUUCAGAAAAAUGACGCUGACUGUGUAGCUUACUGUCAAAAAACUUUAUUUAUACCCGUGUCAUUAACAGAAUGCAGCCGACACGUUUUUUUAUAAUCCCUUAUCCUGCCCGAUUAAAACAUAAACAUUGCACCAGAAUUAACCAUUAAUUUAUGUACAAAUAUCCUAAAAAAUUAAUAUUGUGUGACUGAUACGCAGUAAAGCGGGUAAAUUUAGAUGUAAGUCAAUGACGCCCUCUGCCGGUUGGGUAUACCAAGAUGGCCGCUCGAACUCUGCGCUGGCUUCACCUCACGCUGUUACGUUAAGCGUUACAUAACUCCAAGUGACCAUGGUUUUAAAAUUGGCAAAACAUGAAGAAACUUUUAUAUUAAAGCAAAUCCCAAAUCUAACCCAAACCCAAGCGACAAUGGUUUAAAAAACAAACAUAAAACAACAUAAAAGCUGUAUAGGGUACUGGCAUAUCAUGUGCAUGCAAAAUGAAAAUUUGGUGUAUGUAUUGCAUGACUUUUCAACUGCAUGUUAUUUAUAUGCAUUUCAUGAGAAUGGGUUGUCUUUUGUCAAUUGAAAAACCAUAGAUUUCUUCAGACUCAAGAGUGCCUUCAUAACUUGACUUGAAGUUUAAAUAUGCCUUAAGAAAUUUUGGUUGUUAUAGUGCUGCAUUAAAAAUGCAAUAUGCUACAUCAUGUGGCAUUUUAAUUAAGGUUAUAAAAUAUCCAGUUUUCUUUAAUUGAAACAAAAAACAAAGACUGAAAUCACCAAUUAACAAUACAGAUGCUAUAAAGUUAUAUAUUUUUUAAGUUAGAUGAUGUAUGAAAACAGCUUGUUUACUGUAAUUCACUCAUAUUUAUAAUACACUUUGAAAUGGUUUAUACUUCAUUGUUGCUUUAUAUUUACUUAAAAUUUUGUAAAUAAACUCCAUUUAUUGCCUUAUUAUGUGAUUUA